UUUUUCCCAACCAUUCAUCCCCAAUCCUUUUCCCCCCAUCAUUUGAUAAUGAAUUCCUCUACUUCAAAUUGCCAUAGCCUCUCCACAUUUCACAUUUCAUUUUUCUAUUUCAUUGUAAUAACAUCCACAUUGCUAUGCUCAUCAACAGCAACAAGAGAGCUUACCAACAAAUCCAAACUCAACACCUCUGAUUUCAUCAAAACCUCUUGUGGCACUACAUUAUACCCCAAAUUAUGCAUCGAAACACUCUCACCUUAUUCAAACUCCAUCCAAACAAGCCCAAUGGAAUUAGCCAACUCUGCACUCACAGUGAGCUUAAAGGGAGCUAAAUCAACCACCAACAAAAUCGCGAAGAUGUCUAAAGAGGAAAGCUUAGGUCCAGCAGAAGCACAUGCUUUAACGGACUGUGUGGAAAACAUGGAAGACUCUGUUGAUGAGCUACAAAAAUCACUGUUGGAAAUGAAGAAUUUGAAUGGACCAGAUUUUGAAGAGAAAAUGGGGAAUGUAAUGACAUGGGUAAGUGCUGCAUUGACAGAUGAAGAUACUUGUAUGGAUGGAUUUCAAGACAAUUCUGCUAUGAAUAGCAAAGUUAAAGCUACUAUUAGAAAUUAUAUUGUUAAUGUAGCACAGUUAACUAGUAAUGCUUUAGCUCUUACAAAAAAUCUUUCAUCUUCUUAGUAUAUUAAAAAAAUUCAAUAUUCACAUACUUUCCUUUUACCAUUUUGGAAAACAAAA